GACUGAACUACGAUGUCGUGCCAGAAACACGGCCUUUCCUCUCAUCCCCGGACACAGAUCGCAGCUCGCUCCUGAAAGCUUACGACGUGCAUGCAUGCCGCCAUGGCAGAAGACGACAAGAGGAAGCAGCACAAAAAGCCGGACAAGGAGGCGCGCUUCGGACUCUGCACCGACGUGAAGGGCCUCCGGUUCGGCGGGCAGCUGGCGGCCAGGUCGUACACGGCGCGGCGAGCGGCGCCGCUGGAGCUGCUGCGCCUGCUGGGCAUCCACCCGUCGUACGCGUCCGAGUGCGCGCACCUGCCGUUCCCGUCCACGACAGCCUACGUGCCCACGGGGUUCACCGUGCUGGCGCACCAGGCGUGGCGCACGCUCACGCUCGGCCUCGGCACCGACCGGUCCAAGGCCGUGCUGUUCGUGUUCGAGUCGGAGACCAUGAAGUCGGCCGUGGUCGACCGGCUAUGGCCGGCCGUGAUCCCUCUCGGGGCCGUGAACGGGAAGCUCAUCCGCGGGCUCACCGGCAGCGAGAUGGCGCGGUUCAAGUUCCGGAAGGGGUGCCUCACCAUCUACGUCUACGCCGUGCGCCGGCUCGGCGCGGCGGGGUUCAUGCGCGCCAGCGACCUCGGGCGGAUACUGCAGGCAGUGGUGGAGCUCAAGGAUUUCAUGGAUCACACCGCCAUGCUGGCGAUGCCGACGAACCACAGGAGCCUCACUUUCUGAAGGAACGGUGCAUGAGCCGUCUCAUUCGUGAGGCUUUACAUGACGGAGUUCGUCAUCGGGAAGC